AAGCUGACAACUGGCCAGCAGAAGCUUCAGAGUAAUCGAACACACCGGUUGCCCGAAAGAAUGACGAAACUGGACUCGAAACUGGUUCUUCUAGUGCUAGUCGGUGCGACGACACUGCUGCUACUGCUGCCCUCCGCUUCAUCAGUCCAACCGGCAGUGCCGUACUUUGAGCAGCGCCUUGGCAUAGGACCACUGUCUUCGAGCGAGAUGGCUUACUUGCGGCGGCUUGCCGAGGAAGCAUACGGCGAAACGGAAGUGACCACGGAGCUAAGCACGGCCGAAGCCGAUGGGACAGACGCGUGGGACAAUUCGUGCGUGAGUGAGCCGGUCAAUGAGGGUGGCUUCAGCCAGGAGGAAGUAGCCGACGAGGCAGACGAGCAGCCGGACGACGCAGCGGCCGCGGCAGAUGUGUAGAUAGUGCGAACCAAUGUGAGACAGUGUGCAGAGGGGUAAAGGGGGGGCAUUAGAAAAACAAACAAUAAAUAUUAUGCAAAUGGAA